AUGAGUGAAGAGGCAGAACUUCGCGCCAAAAUCGCGGCGCUUUCAGGACGUAUCAGCCAGCAACGACAAUCUGGCAGCGCGCCCACCACACCCACGUAUGCUCCACCUGCAGGGCGCGGUUCAGGCUACUAUCCGAGAGGGCGUGGCGCUGGCUGGGCAGGCCAAUACGCGCAUGAUCGAUAUGCGCCAUAUCACCAACCUCGUGGCUUCUCUCAUAAGCCCGCCUAUGCUCCUUCGUACCGCAACCGCUCUCUCGUUGUUAACAGCUCCGUCGGAUCCCCUGCCGGUCAACCAGCUUCUCCUGCAACGCCUGCGCUCACGUCUUCCGACAAGUUCGUUUCGAAGCGCGACCGCCACAUGCAGUUGAUCAAUACUUCAGUCUAUGACCAGAAAACACAACAGCGCCAGCUGGAAAUCGAAGCCACUCUACGAGAGAAACAGCAACUCCGCGAUGCGAAAGAGAAGGCUAGGGUCAUGGGGGCCUUCCAGCCUCAACAGACUGCCUCGACUACUUACGGCGCUCCGCCAUCUGCAGGGACCGAUGCUGUGCGCCAUAUUCAAAUAAACAACCUCCGAUUCCGCGUAGCUGCAGAUGGAAGCAAACUCAUCCGCAUGUUUGACGACUCAAAUACGGAUCUCGGAGCCACACCUAAAAUCACAAAAGUGGCUGGUGUCACAUUUCACAGAAGCAAACACGGUAAUCUCUAUCGUGCUGGUCUUGUGAAGAAAUCGAUGAGGGAAAACAACAUCAAAAAGAGCUCGGAAUUGUGUCCAAGAUUUACUGCUACGGGUAUGUGCGCACACGGCAAUCGCUGCCGCUACACGCACGAUCCGAACAAGAUCGCCGUUUGCAAGGACUUCCUUCGAUCUGGUCGCUGCGCUGCUGGUGAUGCUUGCAACCUUUCCCAUGAAACCACCCCUCACCGUGUCCCUGCUUGCACUCAUUUCCUUCGCGGAAAUUGCACCAAUCCAGACUGUCGCUAUGCUCAUGUUGCUGUCAACCCUGCUGCACCUGCUUGCCGAGCAUUUGGAACUAUUGGCUACUGCGAGAAGGGUGCCGAUUGCACUGAGCGUCACGUAUUUGAAUGUCCAGACUAUGCUAACACAGGUAUAUGCCGUAACAAGAAGUGCCGACUUCCUCAUGUCGACACAGCUGGCAACAUGCGUAAGGCCAAAUCGGCAGAAGCUAAGAUGGACGAUGCAGAGACUUCCGAUUUAUCAAGCGAUGAAGAGAGCUACGACGAAAUUGACUACGACGACGUAGACUCUGACAAUUUCAGUGACAAUGAAGUCAUGGGCGGCACUGAUGAGCGCGAUCAUGAACUCUCACAGCAGCAAGAUUAUGUGAGGUUCUCUUGA